UAUUCUCUCUCUUGGUGCGCGCAGAUCCUUGAUGAACGUGCGUGUUGACUUAUCAACAGUAAACGCGGGACACAUUUUAUAUUAGAUUUAGAUUUCUUUUUUUUAACUUUGGGAAGCGCUAACUUCCCUCCCUGCGCAGACCACGUGACAUGGACUGCGGACAGUGUCCGGUCAUAAUACCACUUGGAGGUUCAGCAAAAACGGACAGAAACUGAUUUGAACUCGCGGUAACUGUUAAGUCAGAAAUAUGGAUCUCAAUGCGCAAAAUGACACUUCUGCUUCACCCGAGUGCGUCCACAGCGGAGCCGGUAACUGGAGCUUGGAGACGCCAAACACCACAUGCGGGAACUUCACAUCCCACGUACCUCAGCGUGUGAGGCAGAGAGAUGAGGACCACACGCUGCGGAUCCUGCUCUACUCGCUCAUCUUCUUCCUGAGUGUAGUUGGAAAUCUGCUGAUCAUUGUGGUGCUGACCGUCAAUAAGCGCAUGCGCACCGUGACCAACACCUUCCUACUGUCACUCGCUGUCAGUGAUCUGAUGAUGGCGGUCUUCUGCAUGCCUUUCAACCUCAUCCCCAGCGUCCUCAAGGACUUCAUCUUUGGAGCCACCAUGUGCAAGAUCGUUUCCUACCUAAUGGGCAUAUCAGUGAGUAUCUCCACAUUCAGCCUGGUUGCCAUAGCAAUUGAACGCUAUAGCGCCAUCUGUAAUCCUCUGAAGUCACGGGUUUGGCAGACCCGUUCACAUGCUUAUCGGGUGAUUGCUGCUACUUGGGUGGUCGCCUUCGUCAUCAUGAUUCCCUAUCCAAUCAUCAGUCACCUGGAAUCUUUUCAACGCUCCGACAACACCACAGCUCACCGGUGUCGUCAUAAGUGGCCGCUCCCAGUGGCAGCGCAGACUUGGUACAUUCUGCUCCUGCUCGCACUGUUUGCAAUUCCAGGCGUGGUGAUGAUUGUGGCUUAUGGACUGAUCUCCAGGGAACUUUAUAGAGGCAUCCAGUUUGAGAUGGGCCAUAAAAAAGACACUGAUGAUGUGAAAAAUGGCCUGACCUCCGCUGCGUCUUGCGGCAGUGAUGAUGGAGAUGGCUGCUAUGUAAAUGUCGGCCAGCGGCCACAUUCAGUGGAGAUGACCACCAUGCCCUCAUCAGGCAGGCCAAUCAAGGCCGAGCGCCUACGCAGCAACACAUCUGAGGCUAAACUGGAGGCCAAGAAACGAGUCAUCCGCAUGCUGGUGGUCAUUGUUGUGCUUUUCUUUCUGUGCUGGAUGCCACUGUACUGUGCCAACACGUGGCGAGCUUUUGAUGACACCUCCGCCACACAAGCCCUCUCGGGGGCCCCGAUCGCUUUCAUUCAGCUGUUGUGCUACACCUCUGCCUGUGUCAACCCAAUGAUUUAUUGCUUCAUGAACACACGUUUCCGCAAGGCUUUGCUUGCCACAUUCUCAUGCUGUGCCGCACCUUGCCAUCGCCGUCAUCACCGUGGGAUGCGGGAAAAUGAAGAGGAUGUUAUGGCAAUGGGGGCGUCUAUGUCCAAGUUCAGUUACACGACAGUCAGCACCAUGGGAACCUGCUGAGGUGGAUGGAUGCAGGCCAAAUCCAGGAGAGAUAGUUACUACGGCAACACAGCACCCCGCAUCCUUUUUCCUGCAGGCCAACUCAGUGCUCAUGUGGACUUCAAUGUGGAGUGAAUGUACGGGCCAUAUAAUGUAGCAGUACAGACGUUUCCUACAUGAGUAAAAUCAUGUUGGAAGAAUUUAGAAGAACUCAUUCUUACAGUGUACUGUUAUAUUAAAAAAAACACAGAAACAGAUUAGACAGUUAUGGCUUUUCACAGAGGACCACUGCAAAUCGUUUGCUUAGCUAUUAACAGCAGGGCAUGUGUGGACACAGGGGUGUGUGUGUGUGUGUGUG